GAAGUCGCACAGAAGCAUGGCUUCGUACACACAGGGAGCUCUCCAUGUGGACUUCUGUGCAGAACGAAAGUGCGAGGAGUAUUGCACAGAGCCAGAGCGCCAGUGUUUGGAAGGGAAGUGCGUCUGCCACAUCAAUUACAUCGAAUCCGCGGAGGGCGUCUGCACUCCAAUAUGCGACAAGAAUCCCUGCAAGAAUCGCGGUACCUGUGAGAGAAGUGAUAAAAUUUCCUACUACUGCCAGUGUCAACCGGGAUACACGGGGCCAAAUUGUGAAGUUCAUUUCGAAGCAUUCGCUGUUGCACAGAGAAAUAUUACCAUCGUUGGUGUUGUUCUUGGAUUAUUCAUAAUAAUCUGUCUUGGAAUUUCCGGUGCAGUUAUUAGACGGUUAAAAAAUAAGACUAUGGCCAACGAGCAACUUUAGAUUCAGGUUGAAAACCACGCAACGGCAUCGAUGCAUA